GGGGAAGGAGGAUUGUGGUAUCUAGAAUAAAUGUGGGCUAGAACACUGGGCGAAAAUGCUGGAAAGCCGUAUGCACAGGCAGCCAUCUGGUAUGCAGGGGCCAGUCAUUGUCCUCGCUCUCCUAGGGAUCACCUCAGGAGGAGAGGCACUGCACCUGGUCCACCUGCCAGCCACUAGCAAGGUGGCAGAGAACUCUCCACCUACCACUUUGGUGCAUGAGUUUUCCGUGAAUUUAUCAGUGUCAUUGUCACCUGUGAUCCCUGGAUUUCCCAUGGUAAUCAACCCAAGACCCUUCACGGAAGCCUUCAGGGUAAACCGACUGUCAGCGACCAGCUUUGAGGUUGUCACCACUGGGAAGGAACAACUGGAUUUUGAAACAGGACCAAAAUCAUUUGAUUUGCAGAUUUAUGUUAAGGAUGAUGUUGGCGUCACAGACUUGCAGGUCCUGACUGUUCAGGUGACAGAUGUGAACGAACCGCCGCAGUUUCAAGGCAACUUAGCGCAAGGUUUAAACCUCUAUGUAGUAGAAAGAAAAAACCCUGGAUUCAUUUACCAGGUGGAGGCCUUUGACCAGGAAGACACAAGCCGGAACACACCCCUCAGGUACUUCCUCAUUUCUCCCUCGAUGAACUUCAGACUGUCUGCUAAUGGCACCCUCUUCUCCACCACAGAACUGGACUUUGAAGCAGGACACAAGAGCUUCUACCUCGUUGUGGGAGUGAGAGACAGCGGGGAUCUCGAAGCUUCCACGGCACUCCAGGUGACUAUCGUCAACGUCAACGAUGAGGUCCCACGCUUUACCAGUCCAAGGAGAGUGUACUCCAUCCCGGAGGAAGUGGUUCCAGGAACCAUCGUGGCAAACAUCACGGCGGUGGAUCCUGAUGAUGAGGGCUUUCCCAGCCACCUCCUCUACAGCAUCACUACCGUCAGCCGCUAUUUUGUGAUAGACCAGUUGACAGGGACAAUCCAAGUGGCCCAAAGGCUAGAUCGAGAUGCAGGCGAACUGAGACAGAACCCCAUCAUUUCCUUGGAAGUUCUGGUAAGGGACAGACCCUCUGGGGGUCAGGAGAACUGCAUCCAAAUAAGCUUCAUUGUGGAAGACAUCAAUGACAACCCUGCAACAUGUAGAAAGCUCACCUUCAGCAUUAUGUUGACUGAAAGAGCAGCCAACGGGACGUUGCUUUUGGACCUGAGCAAGUUCUGCUUUGAUGAUGACAGCGAAGCUCCAAACAACAAAUUCAACUUCACCACGCCAUCUGGAGUCAGGAGCAGCCGCAGAUUUUCACAGCAUCCAGCUGGCUCUGGGAGAAUUGUGUUGACUGGCGAUCUAAAUUAUGAAAAUCCAAGCAACCUUGCAGCUGGCAAUAAGGACAGCAUGAUAAUCCAGGUGCAAGACGCUGCCCCUCCAUACUAUAAAAAUAGCAUCUACAUUUCUAUUCUAACGAGUCCAGAAAAUGAAUUUCCUCUUGUCUUUGAUAGGCCGUCCUACAUGUUUGAUGUGUCAGAAACAAGACCAGCUAGAACCCGGGUUGGGCAGGUGCGAGCCACUGACGAAGACUUCCCCCAGAGUCAGGUGGUGUAUUCCAUCUCCGGAGGAGGGGCCAGCCUCCAGUACCCAAACAUAUUUUGGAUUAAUCCCAAGACAGGAGAACUUCAGCUAGUAACUAAGGCCGACCACGAAACCACUUCCGUCUAUGUUCUCACAGUCGAGGCCACCAAUGGCGAGGACUGGAGCUCAGUCACUGUUACUGUGAACAUCAUUGGAGAAAAUGAUGAAAAGCCAGUAUGCACCCCCAAUUCCUAUUUCAUGGCCAUCCCAGUGGAUCUAAAAGUUGGUACAAACAUUCAGAACUUCCAGCUGACAUGUACUGACCUUGAUUCGAGCCCCCGAUCUCUCCGAUACUCCAUUGGCUCAGGCAACAUCAACAAUCAUUUCGCCUUCUCUCCCAAUGCUGGCUCCAAUGUCACACGCCUGCUUCUGGCAUCUCCCUUUGACUAUGGUAGCCUGGAUAUGGUCAGGGAUUACCGGCUGCUUGUCUACAUUACUGAUGACAACUUGCUCUCUGGCAGAGCAAACGCCGAGGCUCUGGUUGAAACGGGGACAGUGACACUGAGUGUGAGAAUCAUUCCUCACCCAACCACGGUCGUCACCACAACUCCCAGGCCCAGGAUUACCUACCAGAUCCUCAGGAAAAACAUGUACUCCCCAUCAGCCUGGUAUGUGCCAUUCACCAUCACUGUGGGCUCCAUGAUGCUUGUGGGUCUUCUGGGGUCCCUGCUGGUCCUGCUGGUCAAAGCCAUCUACAGACAUUGCCACUCCAUGAGCAGGAAGGACAGGAAACCUGUGAUACUGUCCUGUCAAUUAAUGCUCACUUUUUCCCCCCAUAGGACAAAGAAAGAAGACAUGAAGAAUUUGAAGAGAGAGGCUGUGGUGGAAUCCAUCCAGGUGAACACUGUCUUUGAUGGAGAAGCCAUAGACCCAGUGACCGGGGAAAUAUAUGAAUUCAAUUCAAAAACUGGAGCCAGAAAGUGGAAAGGCCCAAUAACCCAGCUGCCCAAUUCGCCGGAGGCUGAUCCCCAGCAUGGAGGCACAGCUGGAGAAGGGUCAGGCCCUAAACACACAGGAAAAUAACAGGGCCAGCGAAGGGCAGCUGAUUCACAGGAUUUCUCAAGAAAUAAAAAUUCCUAGCACACCCCUGGGACCUUGGGGAGAAAACUGACAACGUGUUGAUUGAAAACAGACCUAGCUGACGCCCUGCUCCGUGGAAGGCCUGGCUCUCGAAGGUUCACAGCGACACCUAGUGGUUUCCUGGGCCACCUGCCACCGCCUGGGAACUGGUGAAGCUGGAGGGUGACAGGGAGGUAGAUGUCCUGUCAGGGCCCAGGUUCUGCAUGUGUCCGCCCUCCCACUUUGUGGAACAUGCCACACUCCUGGGGGUCCUCACACUGCCCUUCCCGGCACUUACCUGAGAGCCAUGUAUGCCUGGCACAGUGAGAUGUUCAGCAACGGUCCUUUUUCCUCUGGCUUUAUCCUUUCCAUUUAUUAACUAUAAUUAAGUGCUGGUUGUACAGCUUUAAGUGACACCAGUGGGUUUUCCACCAGAAGAUGGUGGGAUACAUAUUCAGAAAAUACAAUCAUUACACCCCCCACGUUAGAUCAGAAACCUCCGCUUGAAAAGGAAAGCUGUACGUGUGGGCAAAAUACUAGCACAACAUGAGUCUGUCCGCUGCCUUACCUGGCUCACAUCAGUUAUGCUCUGGCUAAGCUGAAGGUUUCACAAGGGUAGACAUGUUCAGUGUCCGCCCAUCACCCAGAACAUUGCCGUUACUCCAAAAACAUCUUCACGGGGGGACUCCGGCUCUUUAGUAAAGCAGUUCGCAGACGGAAGAGCAAAGUCAAAUAGGUUAGUCGGCGACAGCAUCCUAAAACACACAAAAAUAUAACCUAGGGGGAUGCUUGCCAGGGGCCCAUCCAUUACUCCAGUUCCCAUUCAUGGCUGGGGUGUUUUGCUGGUUAUAGCAGCUCAGAGCAGCAUUUGUGCAUUGCUGUGACAGGUUGGUUGGCUACCUACCUGUAGGGGUUCCAGGGUGAAUGGACGCAAGCCAUUCUCCGAAGACUCCUCACCAGAGACCCAUAGGGAACCUUCUUCAUAAUGACACUGAGCUUCUGUUAGCCAGUUCUCACUGAGAAGCACACGUCUUGCUCAAGUUCUGUUUGCCAUGCUGUGUUACCUAGCCCCUCUUGGUUACAAUAGACAUAGGUCCACAGGCUAAUUGGGAGAGCACAUAUGGACACAAAACGCCUUGGCUCAAUUGCUCAAUUUCUCCAGAGCCAGGAAGGGAUAGACAGCCUGACCUUUGCGGGAUAGUACAGGGGGCGUGAUCUUACAGAUACCGGCUCAGCAUCAUUCUAACAGCUUUUCCAGACCUGGGGAAUGUGCCAUUGUUGUGGUUGGGAUAAGGCCUCCCCAAAGGUUCAUGGGGUAAAGGGAAAGCCCUGCUCCAGGGUGGUACAGUUGGGAGGCA